CGGUGGCGAUGCUUUGGUGGUGGUGUCGAGGAGGCAGAGGUUGCGCGGAUGGACGCGGAGGGGUUGCUGGCGUCGGCGGCGAUCAACCUGGGGCUGGCGCUGGUGGCGCUCUCGCUCUUCUCCCUUCUCAAGAAGCAGCCCGGCAACGCGCCGGUGUACCUUCCGCGGCGUAUGGCGGCCGGUGAUCGCGGUGGUUCUGCCACUGGUGGUGGUGGUGGUGGUGGCGGCGGCGGCGGGCUGCCGCUCGGCCACGGGCGGCUGACCCCGUCGUUCCGGUGGAUCCGCGCCGCGUUCCGGCUCUCCGAGGACGACGUGCUGCGGCGCCACGGCCUCGACGCGCUCGUCGUCGUCCGCCUCUUCAAAUUUGGGAUCAAGUGCUUCACUGUGUGCUCGAUUGUUGGAUUGUUCAUCCUUGCACCAAUAAAUUAUUCCUCUGAAGAUUUACCACACUCCACCAGGUCAAAUUCGAUGGAACUUUUCACAGUAUCCAAUGUGGCAAGGGGUUCUAACAGGCUUUGGGUGCACUUCUCAUGCCUUUGUUUCAUAUCCUUCUAUGUAGUGUAUUUGCUUCAUAAGGAGUACAAAGAAAUGUCCAGUAGAAGAAUUGCACAUUUGAAGUCUCACAGGAAACGGCCUGACCAAUUUACAAUUUUAGUUCGAGGAAUUCCACUAUGCCCAGAUCAUGGAAGUUAUGGGUGUUGUGCUGACCACUUCUUCUCAAAACACUACCGGACAUACCAAUCGUAUCAAAUAGUACACGACAUAGGAAACAUCGAGGCACUUCAUAAGUUGGCAACCUCCCUUGAGAAAAAGAUUAAGAGAAAAAAAGAGACCAGAAGAUGCAACUUUUUGAAGUGGAUCUGGUUUAAGUUGACAUUAGAAGGGAUAGAUAUUCACAAACUGGAAGAAAAACUAAAGGACGUCCAUCAGUCUAUCCGCCUUCUACAGUGUGAAAAUAUGCUUAAAGGAAAGGAAUUGCCUGUUGCUUUUGUCUCAUUCAAAUCGCAGCUGGAUGCUGCACAAGCUGCCGAAAUGCAACAGCAUGUCAAUCCUCUGUCGUUGGUGACUACAUAUGCUCCUGAACCAACUGAUGCAAUAUGGAAAAAUCUGGCUAUUCCUUUCUGCCGUAUUGCUGUGUACAAACUCGGUGUUCUCGUUACUGCAUUUCUGCUCAUAGUAUUCUUCACUAUCCCAGUCACAGCUGUGCAAGGGAUUGUGCAAUUUGAGAAAAUUGAAAAAUGGUUUCCGCCGGCUAGAGCUGUACAUCUUAUACCAGGUUUGAAUUCUGUUGUAACUGGGUAUCUUCCAAGCCUGAUCUUGAAUGGCUUUAUUUACCUGAUUCCCUUCGCGAUGCUUGGCAUGGCUUCAUUUGAGGGAUGCAUUGCAAAAUGUCAGAAGGAAAUCAAGGCCUGCAACAUGGUGUUCUACUUCUUGUUAGGGAAUGUUUUCUUCUUGAGCGUUCUUUCUGGUUCUCUACUCCACCAGAUAGGAGAAUCCUUUACACAUCCAAAGGACAUACCUAGCCGUCUGGCUCGUGCUGUUUCUGCACAGUCAGAUUUCUUCAUCACAUACAUUUUGACGGACGGCAUGUCAGGGUUUUCUUUGGAGGUUCUUCAGUUUGGCUUGCUUACAUGGCAGUUCUUCAAGGCACAUUCAAUUGGACAUAGUGACCAGCCAUAUCUUUACGGCUUCCCUUACUACAGAGUUGUGCCCAUCGUUUCCCUUGCAGUAUUGAUUGGAAUGGUCUAUGCAGUAGUUGCGCCUCUUCUACUUCCAAUUCUUGUUAUUUACUUUUUUCUUGGUUAUGCAGUGUACAUCAACCAGAUGGAAGAUGUCUAUGAAAUCACAUAUGACACUUGUGGACAAUAUUGGUCGAAUAUUCAUCACUACAUCUUCCUUUCGGUCAUACUCAUGCAAAUAACAAUGCUAGGGCUGUUUGGGUUGAAGUCGAAGCCGGGAGCUUCAUUCGCCACCAUCCCCUUGCUUGUAUUAACCAUUCUGUUCAACGAGUACUGCAAGGUUCGGUUUCUUCCAACCUUUCUUCAUCGACCUGUCCAGGUUGCCAAGGAGAAUGAUGACCUUAAUGAAGCUGAAGGGAUGAGGGAAGCUGACCUGGAUCAUGCCAUUAGCGCCUAUAAGCCACCAUGGAUGCGUCCGACUCUUACUCCGACGAACUUCUCUCUGGAUUCUAGUUCAGUACAGCCUUUGAUUCGUUCUGUAUAG